AUGAUGGCGCACGCAUUUAAGUCACUGCACUUCAAUGUGACCCUGCAUAAAUGGCUAAACCUGGUCGAGACGGUCUCAACGCUCAGAAAAGUCUUCCAAAGGAGUCCGGACCGCAGCGGCGACGGCUUCGUCUGCUGCAUCAUCAGCCGGGCGAUCGACAAUCGCCUCCAGGCCACGGACAUGAACUGCGAAGGCCUCCGUCCGGAAGAUGUACGGCGCUUUUUCAACGGCGAUGCCUGUCCGGCGCUGGUCGCCAAGCCAAAACUGUUCUUCGUCCAGAGCUACACUGUGUCAGAGUUCCAACCCUGCGCUGUGGAGAACCGCUGGGAUGAUGGCUGGGAGACGGACGGUGGCGCUCGUCAGCUGAGACCCGAUUGUCUCCUGUCAGAUGCGGACAGGCUCUGGAGUCACUGCUCGACCGCAGAGCAUCAACUUCAGCGAGGCCGACACCGUUCCGUUUACCUCAAGGCUUUGACGGACGCCUUGGGCAGAAGCCAGGGAAGGUUCAUGAAAAUGAAGAUGAGUCUUCUAUUUCCUCAUGAAGACCUGAUGACUUUUUCCACCUGGAUGUGUUGGUGGUGACUCUCUUUUCUUCAUCCAUUCAUCCAUCCAUUUUCUUUGCCGCUUAUCCUCACGAGGGUCACGGGGAGUUGCUGGAGCCGAUUCCAGCUGUCAACAGGCAGGAGGCAGGGUACACCCUGAACUGGUUGCCAGCCAAUCACAGGGGAUAUUGAGAUAAACAGCCACACUCACAAUCACACCUCGGGGCAAUUGAGAGUGUCCAAUUAAUGUUGGGAUGUGAAAAGAAAACCCAGGCAAGCAAGGGGAGAACAUGCAAACUCCACACAGGGAGGUCCGGGAUUGAACCCAGGACCUCAGAACUGUGAGGCCAGUGCUUUCCACCUGAUCCACUGUACCACCCAUACCAACUCUAGAAAUCAAUAUUUGAAUCAGAGUUAGCACAGACCUGGGUAAAUAUUUUCACAAUAAAACUGAAACUUUUGUGUACCUCUGUGUGUGUCUGUGUUUGUGUGCUUUUGUGCAUGUGUGUGCGUGUGUAUGUGUGCAUUUGUGUGCGUGUGUGAGCCACACACCCCCUAUCGCAGACAUGUCCAAAGUCCGGCCCCCGGGCCAAUUGCGGCCCGUGGACAAAUUUUUACCGGCCCGCGGCCUCUAUCAUGAAAUCAAUAAUAUGCGGCCCGCCAGCACUGUUGACCACAGUAUAAAAUACAUGUGUACAAAAAGCUAUUUUUCAUAUUUUUCAUUUCACCAGAAGAUGGCAGUAGCCCUGUGGCCGCACUCUGGCCGCCGUGACCCUUGACCUUGCGUGAUCGUUUCAGCUCAGCCCAUUUCUAACAUGGCGUCUGUAAACAAAAAAAGGAAAGUUGACCGCGAGGGCCGCCGCUUCCAGGACAAGUGGAAAUUUGAGUAUUUUUUCACUGAAAUACGAAACAACUGUGUCUCCCUGAUUUGCCAAGAGACUGUGACUGUUUUCAAGGAAUUCAACAUCAAGAGGCACUACCAGACGAAACAUGCUAGCUACGACAAGCUAACUGGGAACAACGCGGUGAAAAAGUGAAGCAACUGGAAGCUGUUUUA